AUGCCAUCUAAUAUACAGUAUAAUACGCCAAUGCCACUUUAUUCACGUGAAGCUGCAGAAGAGCAAUAUAAGCAGCAAGUUGGUGCAGGACCGGAUCAUGCGCUUGGCGCUAGUGAUCGACAUUUUAAUCCAGAAAUAUCAGAAACAUUAAAAGUAAUAAGAGCUGGUGAAAAUGAUACAUUUGGCCAACAUUUUAAUGAGCUUAUAACUCAAGCGGAAACUCCACAUAUUCCACCACCACAGGAACCAUAUUGGGCGCAUGCGGCACGUAGUCGAAGUGAACGAGCUCGUUCAGCAACACCUUCUGCUGCACAACCCUAUUACGCACCUCAAUAUUCCACUUUACAACGUUCAAAAAAGGGAAAUGAAGAAAGAUCAACGAAACGAGGAUACGAAUUAGGUGGAUUAGAUUAUGUAGACAGAUCGCGCAUACCACAGGAAUCAUCAUCUUAUGUCUACUAUGGAGACACUCCACGAAGAUAUGAUGAGCAUAAGAUAACUCCGGGAUAUGAGAUGGGCGGCAUGGAUUUCCGGAAAGGUGCAAUAGGAACAGAUGGUCCAUAUCAUGGUCAUGGACCGGAACAGCGUCGUUUACACUCUAAAUUUGAUCAUGCUUUAUUGAAGCGUGAUGAAAUGAAUAUCGAAGUGGCACCUAAUGUUGAUCAGGUUUCUGCUGAUGUUCUAGUUGGAGAUACGCGAUCCAAUCAACAUCUUGCCAAAAAUGAGCAACCUGAUCAUUGUUUUGGUACAUCAUUUGGACCAACUACUGGUUUUACCCGUCAACAUCGUACCGUUCAUCGUCAGGAAGAAAUAGCUAAACCAGUAACAUUUAGUUUAUCAGCAAAAACAGAUAAUUCUUUAUACAGGAGAAGUAAUGCACCCGGGACACGUGAUUUAUACUCUAUUUCACCAUCUUACCAUGGAACAACACUUUCACCAUCAACAGAUCUUGCUGGUUAUACAUCACAAACAGUUACCAAUUAUGCAUCAAGUGGUACUACUGGUAAACGUACCGGUACUGGUAUCGGUGGAAGUAGUACGCCAUAUGGAAAGACAGAACAAACAUGGAUCCGAUCACAAAGUACAGCACCAACAGAAAGAUACGAAUGGGCAAAUGAAAACGUCGAGAAAGAGGUGACAAUUGAGACACUGUUGAACGAUAAAGCGCUGAUUGCUCAAAAGAGGUCGGUGACCCCGGAAUGGCAAUCAAGAUCUUUCGAAAAACAUAAUCAUUGGAAGAACAGGUCGGACCCGCGCUUUGCCCGCUCCCAGACAUAUGAUUAUGAACCAACCUGGUCACGUAUUGUUAGUGAUCGGCGUAAUAUUUGGGAAGAUAAGGCAAGAAAUACUGAUGCACUUAUACAAAUGCCACCUUCUUCAAAGAUUCCACCACAACAGCCGCCAUACUGGUAUAAUAGGGCUAAUCAAACUCAUACUUUAUGGCAAAAUGAAGCUGAUCGACAGAAUCGUGAAGGCGGAGGAUAUAGUAGCAGCACUUAUGAUUAUGCAGAUUAUGGUGAUAAUCAACGAAAAAAUAGACCAACUCGUGAUUACGACAAUUUCGUAUCACAAACGCAUUAUACAACAUAUAUGGGUAAUAAUGAUAAUGGUCCAGAAAAUAUACAACGAGAUCGUACACAAUAUCAUACUUCCUAUUCAAGCAAUCAACAACAACAACAACAACAAUAUACGCCAGAGCGUAGAAUACCAACUACACAAAGUACUCAUUUAAAUUAUGCUCCUGUUCCUGCUGGACCACUACAUGCGGUAUCAUCUGGUACUCAGCAAGAUUCAUCCACCUGGCAUUCACAAAGCAGCAAUUCACGUUAUGAACAAAAAAUACAUGAGCGUUCGACGGAAGGAGUGAUAGGUAAUCAACCGAUUAAUGCAACUGCACUACCGAUAUCGAAUCCGGCCGAAAGGUAUGCUAUCGAAAAAACGAACUAUCAACGAAAAACACAUCACGAAACUUCUGCACCUUAUAAUACCUCGAUUGUAUCCGUUACGCAAGGUAGCGGUGAUUUCAACCGACGUGCUGAAAUGUCUGAGGUAUUACCACGAGGUACAAUAGCAAAUACUGAAGCAAGUUUGGAAGGUAAUUAUGUGGAUAAGAAUGGUCAACCUGUAACGUAUAAGCGUGAAAUUGUGACAAGUCUUAAUCCAAAUAGUGAAAGUACAUUGCUUAAAGAAGAAGAAAAGCGCGUUGUUGAAACACCACUUGAACCUGGUAUCAUUUCCAGACAUGUAACAACAAAAUAUUAUAAAAAGAAAACUGUAACCGAUACGACAACGACAGAUAUCGCUACCGUUCAUUGA